AUGGCUCUACUGCCUGAGCUAGACGUUAAAUCUGUAUUAAACGUUGUAGAAGAGAAUUUCGAACGCGUUGGUUUGAAAACCUAUGCUAUUCGUAUGAUUUAUAUCGGGGAGCAUGUUUUGCCGAAAGACCAGUUAAUAAAACAUUUCCAAUCUACAGUGAAUGAUGUUAACUCAGGUUAUUGCGAUAUAAAAGUGCGCGGUUUACUCAUAGUCUACGAUAGUUACUUCAUACAUAUUAUUGAGGGUGCUGAAGAUACAAUUCAUAGACAUUUAAGAUUUUUAUUCGAGUGUGAAACCAAAUGGAUCCAACAAAACACUCGAGAAGAUGAAACUAUAGGGGUAGAAGACGGUAAAGAAGGUUUAACAUUAAUAUUGGGAGAAGAAAAGACGGCCAAAGGCGAAAUAAAGAUGUUUAAGCGUUUAAAAAUGUUGACUGUUUAUCAUUCAAUACAAACGCUUAUUUUUGAAGAGUGGCGGGCUGUGACCGCUCGGCCGCCGUCGCUUAUAGGCACACUUUAUAUACAUGGAUCUAUGUCGGAACACAUGGAACAGUUGCGAAUAUGUCUUGACAAGACAAAGAGAAUUUGUUUACACGCACAGGCUGAGCAAAACUUGGCAUUUGAGGGAUUAAGCGCAGUCGACCCUAGGAUAGAGGCGUUACCAGAAGUAGCUUUGUUGGAGUAUCUCUUACAGUCGCAAUACAUUUUGGAUCUACGGCAUGUUGCGCAUCUGCAUCGACGCGUUGACGAUUACGCGUUCUACUUUGAGCACGUAUGGCCUCUACCCACACACUUCACGCCGCGUCUGCUUUACAAGUUGAAGGUAGAUGAUUCGUUUGUGGAGCCUCUCCCAGUAAUGCCUUGGGAGUUGGUCAGAAAAGAAAUUGCAGAAGAAGAAAGAGAAGAACGGCAAAGUGUUAGUUCUUCGAGCGAUUAAUAACAAUAUUCUAGAUUUAAAAUGCAUGAUAAUUUGUUUUUAUGAUUUUAUAGUUUUGUUCAUGUAGUCAUUUUGUAAUAAAGAUGAUUGAAAAUUA